AUGAUAACUAUGUUUGAGUCGCAACGACGCCGCCUGCUGUGGACUCUGAAUUCGCGUUACAUCUACGGAACAGUGCCACUCCUUCAUACGCUCAUUUUCCUAAUCGAGAUCGCCAUGGUGACGGUGAUAACCAGGAAGUUUAAUUCUUAUUAUGCGGCGAGGCCAGUGUUGACGACGAUGAUCACGAACGCCAUCCUCGGUGGCAUCGCAGACACGACCGCUCAGGGCAUAACGGCGAUACGUCAACGGGCAGUCCGAAAACCUGGCGGCCCCAGCGCUCAAGAAGACUACGUCGCCAUCGAGAUCCACGAACUGGAUCGCAAGAAUCCUCUGGGACCUUCAGAACUCAUCCCUGACUCGCCUAGACUACCGCCUCCCUUCGACUUCGAGCGUCUGGCUCGCUUCAUUGCCUAUCCUUUCCUCAUGACGCCGCUGCAGCACCAGUGGUACUCCUUCCUGUCGCGGACAUUCCCAUUAGUCAAGGGCAAGGGCAUGAGCGUAGCGUUCAAGAGGGUGGCAUUUGAUCAGUUUCUGUUCGCGCCCGUGGGAUUGGCAUGCUUCUUCACUUUCAUGACUUUCGCCGAGGGAGGUGGACGCAGCGCGCUGCUGAAGAAGUUCCAGGACGUGUACGUACCUACUCUGAAGGCCAACUAUGUCGUGUGGCCGGCGGUGCAGAUGUUGAACUUCAGAGUCAUGCCGCUACAAUUCCAGAUUCCAUUCGUGUCUCUUGUUGGAAUCGCGUGGACGGCAUAUCUUUCCCUCACGAAUGCCAGCGAAGAAACCUAA